CAGGCAUUUUCCAGAGAAACUUUUUUUCUGCAGAUCAACCGAUCUUCCCAUUAUCAUCAUGGGUUUUCUACAAAAAAGUGCCAAUCUGGCCCUGGGCCUAGGUGCCACCGCCUUAGCUCUGGGCUGCGCUGCCGAGGCUGCUUCUCCCAGCGUCACCACCAAGCAGGGUGUCGUCCACGGAUUUUCCCAGAACGACACCAAUGUCUACUUGGGCAUUCCUUUUGCCCAGACCACUGCUGGUGAGAAUCGGUGGAAGGCUCCCAAGGCCGCCUCCUCCUACGAGGGUGGUAGCUUCGAUGCUACGGCCUUCGGUCCCUCUUGCGCCCAGGCCAUGUCCGGCACGGCGAUCGUUGCCCAGAGUGAGGAUUGUCUGAACCUGAACAUCUGGACUCCGCCCAGUGGCACCGGUCUGCCUGUCUUUGUCUACAUCUACGGUGGUGCCAUGGUCACCGGUGGCAACAGCAACCAGCAAUGGCAGGGAUGGAACUUCGCUCGUAAGGAUGUGAUCUACGUCAGCUUGAACUACCGUGAGAGCAUGUACGCUUAUCCUUACGCUCCGGAGCUUGAGGGCGAAUCGCAGAACUUUGGCAUUUUGGAUGUGGACUUGGCCUUGCAGUGGAUUCAUGACAACAUCAAAGCUUUCGGUGGUGACAAUUCGCGCAUCGUGCUGGGUGGUCACUCCUCCGGUGGUGUGCAUGUCGAUCACUACCUCUGGAAUCACCCUAAUACCUUCUUGGCUGGUGCCAUCGAGAUGUCGGCCAACGCCCAGUCCGGCCCGGCCAACGCCCCCGCUGGUGUCGCCCUGAAGCAGGUCGUGCAGGACAUGAUCGAUGCCGGCGUUUCCCUGGACUGCACCGCUGAUGACUACACUCUGGACUGCCUGCGCAAGGUGGAUACCUACGACUUCCAGACUAGCUACUUCAACUCGACCUCCAACACGUGGUUUGGCCCCGUCGUGGACAACCUCACCCGCUAUUCCAACUACCCGGACCGCUUCGCCAACGGCCACUACCCGAAAUCGUUGCCGCUGAUCGUCGGAAACUCGGACAAGGAGGGCAAGGUCUUCGGCUAUGUGUAUGCCUCGGAGAACACGGACUUCUCUUCCUGGAUCCGCACCUACGAUGCCGACCUGGCCUUUGUCCCCGCGGACGAGCUGCUGGAGGCCUACAAUCCCGACGACUUCUCCUCCGUCUCCCGCAUGAGCGGUGCCUCGUACGGCGACGCUCGCUUCCACUGCGCGACCGACUACUUCGUGGACCUGCGCUCCGAGGAGCAGAACACCUGGAUCUACCGUUGGUUCGGGGACUACUCGAAUGUCCUGGGCAUUCCCGACAUCGGCCCCUCACACGGCAGUGAGGUGCCCUUCUUCCACGGUGGCAACGAGUGCUUCUCCAAGCUGAGCGGUGUCACGGCCGCCGAGCAGGAUCUGGCCGACUACAUGAACGACUGGUUUGUGGCCUGGAUCAAGAACCCCAGCGCCGGCCCUGGCUGGGAUCAGGCUAAGCCAGUGAACGGACCCCUGGCCCUUCUGGGUGUGCCUGGCAACGAGGAGGCGAUUGAGACGGGCUCGACCGGCACCUACAACCAGCGUUGCCAGAAGGUCUACAAGCCCAACUACCCCAACUACCCGGUUAUCCAGAACCCGGUGCAGUUGGCGGCCAGUUCCUAA